CAGUGGGAACAGCGCUAUCAGGCAGCCUCUGAGCUUCACUGCCGGCAGUGAACGUGGAUUCCUUGGAGGGGAAAUGUGUUAUGUGAGGGAUACCUGAAUUACAGGUGAGAAAUGCCCAGAAUAAAGCGCAGUCCUUUGUUGUGACAUGUUUCAUGUUUGCGUAAUGUCAGCGUAGUGAUGUAGGUGGAAGUUCCUGACAGAUCUGUUACUUCAGUGCCAAAAGUUCACUUCCUGUUGCUGCUGGAUUUAUCCGCCGGAACAAGUGUUGGAUAUUUAUUGAAUGAUAUAGUACGCACACUAACCAGUAAUAUUAAUGCGUUUUAGAUCACAGCUCAGAAAUCAAAUACUGGUCAUUUGAAAGUACUGUAUGUGAAAUACCUCGUUGACGUACAAAUACUUUACAGAUCUAUUUACAAGUACAUUCCUGAAUCCAAAUACUUCGUUUGAAAAUCAUUUGUGCCGAAUGAAUUGCAUGAAUGUAUUAAAAAUGCCCAAAUCAUGUAUUUACCGGGGCCGUGCUCCACAGACCUCUGUGCCUUGUGUGCAAAGUUAAAAUGGAGUGAAAAAACACAAAGAUGGCCAAUUCCCCCUAAUAUCUCACCGCUGAUUGGGUCAGUAAUUCAGUCUGCAGUCAUGUUUUACCCAGGCCUUCCUCUGUGAGGUGUGGUAUCAGACAUGUCUUUAUUGUCAUGGAGAGAGAGAGAGCAAAGCAGAAUGGAGCCAGCGCAAAGAUUAAUGGGAGUUGGACUGUAUCUUUAGAAGCUGUAACAGACUAUAUAAAUAGUGGUUUUAUAUCGCUCUGUGAGAUACACUUUAUGUAUGCGUGAACAAAUUUGCAUUCACUGCUCACUUGUUUGUGGAAAAAAUCAUUAAAUUCGUUAAAAAAACAAAACAAAUUACACCUUGUAUUUCAACAUGUUCAUGUUAGUACUCGUGAGUAAAUAAGGCAGUUGCUAGAUGUCGAUUUCCCUUUUUAUUUAAUAAAGCCACGUUUGUAUACAUUACCAAAAAAAGAAAACCACAUUACUGCAGCAACAUUCUUUAUGUCCAAACCCCUGGGGUGUCCCUCAGCGUAUGACUCUUCCUCCUCUUCCUCCCAAUUUCAUUCAUAAAAUCAUUUCAGCAACGAAACUCGCUGACCUUUUCCACAGAAAACCACAGAAUUUUGACUUCUAUUAUUGUGUUAUUGUGUGAAUUUGUCUUACUGCUUGCUUAUGUGAUUUUGAAUUUAUUUUUACAAGAAAGGACAUAAAAUAUUUUAUUCAAUGUUUUUUUUAGUAGUAUUCAAUAGUUAGGAUGGUGAGGCAGAGUUGUGUUUGUAGCUCAAUUAAUUUUGGGCAGUAAGUCAGACUGCCUUUGAUGUAGUUGGGCAGGUACUUUAACAUUUCUAAGGGGAAACAAAUACAUUUUUGUUCAUGUGGUGAAAUGAGUGUUUCCAGAGUUCGUUGUUUUACCUGUCAGACGUCACACGUGUGAUUCCUCAGGCAGAAGCAAAGCUGAAUAUUCCAUUUUUCAGUUGGAACUCGUUUCACAAUGUGAUGCAAACAGAGGCGCCGCCCAGUUCCUGUGGCUUUACUAGAAAAGCAGAAGUGGAAACACGAACAGUUUAAUAGUUUUCGUAGUUUUUUCUUCACCUUCCUCGCAGCCAUGUUAUGCAAUGUGCAUCUAAGGAAGUAUUUUGAGGAAACACGGUGAACUCAGUUAUGAAACAUUUCAGAAACUUCGAAAUUUUUUAAUUGUACUCUUUCACCAGUGUCAGUGUCCACUCUCCAUUUUGCUGUCAUUCACAGCGAUUUCAGAUUUAGCCAUUUUUAGGGGCAAGGCUGAAUUGUGCAACGCCAAAUUUACAGUGGACACUAAGGCCCAAUCACAAGGCAGUAAGGCCAAAAAUCUAAAAAGUUACAAGAGAGGAGCAUAUAUAUAAGUGCACAACUAUUCAUACCAAAACCAUACCAAGCCAUAAAACUGUUACCAUACCAAGCCAUAAAACUGUUACAAUACCGUGAAACUGUUACCAUACCAAGCCAUGAAACUGUUACCAUACCAAGCCAUAAAACAGGUUCAAAUCAAGCCAUAAAACAAGCUUAUGGCAGGCACUGGUGUGGAUGAAUUUAAUAUUUCUAGACAUAUACAAAUACAUGCUAAUAUUUACUAAUAUUUAUCCUAAUCCUUAAAUGCAUGAAGUGCUUUUCACCUGCUUACCAGCAGGGGCAGUGUUAUGCACUGUUUUCUGGAACAGGUCGGUGAUGAAGUCAUCAACCUGACCUCACCUGUUCCCCUACCUGGAUACGAGUCACCCUGCAGCAGAGCAGAGUUAUUUCCUCAUACAUUCUUUUCUGUAAAAGCCUAAAUGUUUUUCAGCUGGGGGAAUUACUGCCAGCGUAUUGUUUUUGACUUAUAAGAAAUUACUCCAUGAAUACACACUUCCUCCAUUGUAUGUACAUGCAUUUGCACAGAUGAUGUAAAUGUAUAAUUUCUAGACACUCCCCAAUAAAAAUAAGGAAAAGCGGAAUGCAAAUGAGGAGCUGCAUCUGUAAUAUGUCCCUGGAUGUGAGAGAACCCUAUAAAAUGGGUACCUGUGGGGUUUGGAGAGCAAGUCUCAGGACUGGAAGAUUCACCUACUGUCUGCUCUUCAGAAGAAAGCCUGUGAGUAGUCUCUGCGCUGUACACGCAACAGCUAGAUAUUAAAAUGUGCCAUUUUUCACUGUCUGUUGAAUACAGUACAUAAUUUUGGGCUGUUUCUGAGAGAUGUGCAUUCCGUAGUUUGUUUAAUCUGGAGUGAGAUGCGGAGGUAACUGGUGGGAUUAUAUUAAAAUGUGUUCAGAGUGGACGUGUGGGAUUAUAUUAAGACGUGUUCAGAGUGGACGUGUGGGAUUAUAUUGAGACGUGUUCAGAGUGGACGUGUGGGAUUAUAUUGAGACGUGUUCAGAGUGGAUGUGUGGGAUUAUAUUGAGACGUGUUCAGAGUGGACGUGUGGGAUUAUAUUGAGAUGUGUUCAGAGUGGACGUGUGCUGCUCUUCCUGGGAUAAUGGUGUUUGACCGGAGCGCCUCUCUGUCCAACAGGAGCAUGAACGCGUCCGUUUCUCUUCUCUGUCUCUGCUUCCUCGCCCUCCUCCCUGCUGAGGCUAAACCGUUCCAUCGAGUCCAGCUUCAGGGCUGCGCUGCCAACGUUCGCCUGCACGAGCUCAGCAAGCACCUGACUGCCAUACUGCAGCACGUUUCCGAUGGGGAUCCAGACAUUGCCAUCAUUACGAACAGAGUGCUGAACUCUGUCCAGCCUGUGGACAGGUGCUGCUUCCUGAAGGAGCUGAUGGAUUUCUACCUGCAUGCGGUGUUCUCCCGCUGUAAUGGCGUGCUUCCUCUGCUGGUCCAGAAACACGCCAGCCCCCUGGCCAACAGCUUCUUCACCAUCAGCCAAGACCUGCAGGCCUGUGGAUGUGAAUGCGGAGGGGACGCUCUUCUGAAAAUACAGAGCAUCCGGAGAACGUUUGAAAAGAUGGAGCAGGGCGCGGGGGUGGAGAAGGCCCUGUGUGACCUGGAGAUCCUUCUGUCCUGGAUGGAGCACCAGCUGUAGCUGGCCUGCAGGCCUCUGUUGUUUACUUUAGUAUCAGGCCUGUUAUUGGUCAGUUUAUUUAUGUGCUAUAUUUAUUUAUGCAUUGCAGAUAUUUAUUAAUAAGUAUUUCAUUUUAGCCCUCUGGAAAAAUGCUGUUUCUACUAGAUAUUUAUUUAGCAUUUGAGUCAUUUUUCUGAAGUAGGCACAAUGUGCCACAGGACAGUUACAGCUGGGUACAGCUGCAGUCAUGCAGUCAUGCAGUCAUGGCCCUGAAGAUUAGAAUCUCACUGCCCUGCACUGGGUACAGCUGCAGUCAUGGCCAUGAAGAUCAGUUUUAAGCGUGUUGUCACCAAUGCUGCUGUCUUACUGUUUAAGAAACACUAAUGAAUAAAAACCUUGAAUUGCA